GUAUUAUGCCCACGCUCCAGCUAAUCCAAGUGUCAGUUCUCCUGUAUGUGCCGUUUUCUUAUAGCUCAUCCCUGGAUGAAUGCUAUCUCUUCCUUGGCCAGCUUGCUCUCUGCUAGAUGUGGGGAAUAUGGCUACCAUUUCACAUUUAUGGCCUCAAGGAGUCUGAGAGAGGGUCUGUCAUUCACAUUUAUGUGGUAUAAGAGCACUAGUAAACCCUUACAAAUACUACUUGGAACAGGUUUACAGCUGCUUUUGUCAUCUUUUGGAAUCCUUAAGUCUCAAACUUGCAGACUCAAAAAUAUACAAACCACUCUCUAAAACACCAGUAAAUACCCAUGUAAGGUUUGGCUGUCUUGUUUAACAAUCAGCAGCUAAAAGAAAAGUAAAUGGAGCCCCCUUCUCCCCAAGUAAGUAAAACUCUCCAGGACAACUCAAAAUCAUAUGGCAUUUUUUUUUUCUUUCUUUAGGUUCCAGAAACAUGUCCAUAUAUGGUCUACGUGUCCGGAACAAUAAAUAAUGAUGUAAUAGAAAGGUCAGCUUUGUGUCACUUAGCUACAGGAUGCUUGAUGAAGUAAAGUUCUUCAGAUAAUGCAACAAAGAAGAACUUUAGGAUGGGUAAAAGUUUCUGUCGUGCAUCUUCAAGCAGGAAAUCUGAGAUUCAGAACAACUUACAUUUUGGCUUGUAUUCACUGAUCAUGGGGUGAUCCAGAAAUAAACUUCAGGCUUCAAAGCAAGACUGUUUCAAAGCUGUCCUGCAGUUGAUUGAAACACCCAGGCAAAGCAGGGAGAUGAAGACCAGGAAGGAUAUUCUGAAUUAAGACUUAAUCAAGAAGAUAACCCAUUUCAACAGUAUUAUUACCCUUUUAUUUCAGAACAAAAAGGUAAGCAAAACAAAUAAAAAAUGGCUGCAAUGGCAGCAAACACUCAAAGACAAACUAUAGGCUGUGAGGAAUACAGUCUGUACAGCAGCCUGAGCGAAGACGAGCUCAUAAAGAUGGCCAUCCAGCAGAGCCUGGGAGAGGACCCAGUGUGUCAGCCAGACGUCCAUCAGAAGUCGAUGGUGGCACGUCCCGGUGAGGCAGCUGCCCCCAGCCACUCCAGCUGCCACAACCCAAACUACCACAUUUACCCUUGGCAAAGACUGGCAGCCCAGCCGAGGGGCCAUGCUCAGCCAUCCAGCUCAGGGGCAGCCUGGGGAAUCAGGCGAAGGUACGACGGCAGCCUCUUCAGCACAUCCCAGCCUGUAGAACUUGACCCUGUAGUGGCAGCAAUCAAGAAUGGAGAUGAAAAAGCGGUAAGAAACAUGAUGAAAUCAGGAAAAAAUCUUUCUGAACCUAAUAAGGACGGCUGGAUACCCCUCCAUGAAGCUGCAUACUAUGGCCAAGUGGGUUGUCUGAGCCUGUUGCAAAAAGCGUACCCCAGCACAAUCGACCAGCGCACCCUCAAUGAAGAGACGGCUCUCUACCUGGCCACCAGCCGGGGCAACCUGGACUGCUUGCUUACCCUGCUGCAGGCUGGGGCUGAGCCUGACAUCUCCAACAAGGCCAGAGAAACGCCACUCUACAAAGCUUGUGAGUGCAAGAAUGCAGAGGCUGCAAGACUUCUGGUACAGUACAAUGCUGACACCAACCAUCGCUGCAAUCGAGGAUGGACUGCUCUCCAUGAGGCUGUCUCCCGAAAUGACCUGGAGAUUAUUGAUAUACUUGUGAAAGGGGGUGCCAAGAUUGAGUCUGCAAAUGCCUAUGGGAUCACUUCUUUAUUUGUGGCAGCUGAGAGUGGGCAGUUGGAAGCUUUGAGAUACCUCGCAAAAUGUGGUGCUGAUAUAAAUACUCAAGCCAGUGAUAAUGCCUCUGCUCUUUACGAAGCUUGUAAAAAUGGACACGUACAUAUUGUGGAGUUUCUUUUGUCCCAAGGAGCAGAUGCUAACAAAGCCAAUAAGGAUGGCCUGUUACCUCUUCACAUAGCAGCCAAAAAAGGGAUUUGCAAGAUUGUCUCCAUGCUGAUCCCAGUGACCAGCCGCACCCGCAUCAAGCGUAGUGGUAUCAGCCCCUUGCACUUAGCGGCCGAACGCAACAACGAUGACAUCUUGGAAGAGCUGAUCGAUGCUGGCUAUGAUGUUAACACUGCGCUGUCCAAUGAACGGUCCUGCCUUUACGAAGACAGACGCACCACCCCCCUCUAUUUUGCUGUUUUUAACAACAACAUCUAUGCAACAGAGCUCCUGCUGCAAGCUGGAGCUAACCCCAAUGUUGACCUUAUUAACCCAUUGCUCAUCUCCAUCCGCCACGGCUGCUUGAAGACCAUGAAACUGCUCCUUGACCAUGGAGCAAACAUUGAUGCCUAUAUAUCAAGCCACCCCACCACAUUUCCAGCUACCAUCAUGUUUUCAAUGAAGUACCUAUCUGUGCUGAAGUAUCUGCUGGAUCUGGGCUGUGAUGCAGGUUCCUGUUUUGAGUGUCAGUAUGGAAAUGGCCCGCACCCUGCAUUAAAUUACAGACGGGACAGACUUAAUGAUCCUGAACUGUCCAAGGAACCAACGGUAGUUCAGUUCUGUGAAAUGGUGUCUACUCCAGAGAUUAGUCGCUGGGCUGGGCCAAUCAUCGAUGUUCUUCUGGAUUAUGUGGGUAACGUGCAGCUCUGUUCCCGGCUCAAGGAGCAUAUUGACAGUUAUGAGGACUGGGCUGUCAUUAAAGAAAAAGCAGAGCCCCCACGACCUCUUUCCCAUCUUUGCCGCAUCAAGGUACGAAGCCUGGUUGGAAGAAACCGCAUUAAACUUCUUAACACCUUGCCUCUCCCAGACAGACUGAUUCAAUACUUACAGCAUAAUUACACACAGUGACCCAAGGCACACUGGACAUACAGCGGCUUCCUGACAUGACACCCAGCAUCAUCAGCAUGGCAAGGGCACACAUUGUGCAUGGUGGGGAGGAAUUGCUGCUGGCUUUGUCAAUAGCCCUCCAACGACUAAUUGAAGACAAAUAGGCUUCUGAAGCAUGAGUGAGAAGAAAAUGAUGGAGACAGAGAACUAAACACAGGACCGCUGUUAGGUUUUCCAAGAGAAAACAUAUGAUUCACCUCAAAGCUUGGUUUGUAGAAAAAAUGAAAGCCAACACUGAAAAAUGAGUAGUGCUGAAGCAAGUAUCAGUGAGGAAUUCAAAGGUAUUCUGGGGUUGUGGUGGAGCUUAGCAUCCCUGCUGUAAUCCAAAUUGAGAAAUUGUCAAGAUUCAACAUAUUUGGGAAAACAAACACAUUUCCUUCACCAACUGAGAUUUUAAUUUCAGUUUCUAUUCUACUGUUUGGAUUUCUGCUAGGUGUGCUGGUUGCUAAUUCUCUGAUACUUUGAUACCAUCUUGCUAACAAGCAAAAGCUUUCAUUUUCUGGACCUUUCUUAUUGAGUACCUGAUUUCUGAACAUUCAAAUCUCAGACUUUAAUAGAAAUAAAAUACAGAAAUGCUGAUUCCUGUAGAAGUCAAGGAAAGUUUUAUUUAAGAAGGAUGUAAGAACUGUAUUUGCACAUAGUGAAUACAGUUCAUUUUGCAUUACAUUUGCAGUGAGAAAAAAGCUAAAUUCUGCUUGAGAACAUUUUCUAGACUGGGGAUUUGAAGGCAAUUCUGAGUUUCUGAUGUUGUUUGUUUUGGGGGGAGCGUGGGAUAUAAAUUAGAAGUGGCUGCGCUGUAAACAGUAGCUUUACUUUGUCAUGGAGCUGGUGUCAGGACAGAACAAAGCCCGCGGGGAAGAGGAGCAGAAAGUGAUGUGAAGGAGAGAGGUGAGGUAUGUAAGGAGAUGCAACACUGAUAAACCGAUUUUAUCUGUUCCUUCUCUAGGAGAUCUUGCUCCCUACAAGGCCCAGCCUCUGUUACUCCUUGGACCUAUGUAGCUAUAACAAUACCAUCACUGGAAGAGAUAUUAUUUCAAAAUUAUGGAAAUCAGACUGAGAUUUAUGAAAACAAAUACCCAGAAUUAGGCUUCCAAAUCCUUAUUCAGGUGCUUAAACAAUGUCAAGUUGCUUGUGCCAGGUGUAGUUCCACUAAGCCAAUGGGAUCACAUUUGGUGUCAGAUAUUACUGAGGCAGAAUAAAUGUCUUAGGAUUUAGCUCUGAAUUUCCUGACUUUAGAGGUUUGAAGUAUCUAUCAGCUCCCUUUGACACUGAAAGUUAGUAUCUCAGCUUCUUUGAAAAUUAGGUCACCUAUUUCCAGCUCAGAUCUACAGCUGAUUUAUGGCAGCUUAACAAGUUACCAUCUAUCAGCUGAACCACUAUAAUUGUCCGUGAAAUUCUUUUAGUGAAGUUUUUAACAAGUCACAUUCCCUCACAGCUGGGGAGGCUGAAAAGCCCAUGAACGGUUGGUUAUUGGCAGUGACUACAGCUCAGUUGACAGGUGUGACUUGCUGAACUGAUUUGAUGAGUGCCUUAUUUUUAACUAGGCAUCUAAAUAAGGAUGGAAAAACCUACAUUUGGAACUACAUCUUUGUGGAUCUUAUGCUAGACACACACUCGUUCUUACCUUAGGUGAUUAAGGAGCUGUGCACCAUGGUUUAUUUGGAUUUCCCACCAGAGACCUGAAAGAUCUGGUUUUGUUUGUUCGCCUGCAUGCCACCCAUGGAAUCAGAUAUAAAUGUAAGUAGCGAAAAUGCAUUGCACCGAGUUUUAUUUGUGUGGAGUUUUCUACCUUAACACAGGAGUAAAAGUGUGUUGCACAAAACAAGUCUGGGCACACGAGUUCAGAUUCUGUGAUGGUUUUUUGUGAAAUGUGUUCAGCACUUGUAGGACAGGAUGUGAGCAGAACUACUGUUUACAGCUGUGGGCACUCUGUCCACAGCUGUCCCCUUCCCAAAUGCUAAAGAAGUUGAAAAACCAACAGUUUCAAUUCACACUGAACAGUGAUCUUCUUACAAAGUUUUGGAAAGUCAGGUGAGAUUCCCCCACUGCUGAAAUUUUGUCAAGUGCCUUCCAUUACUACCAGUUUAAGAUCUACCCUUUGCAGUGUGAACAGGGAAUUGCCUCAGGUUGGAAAAAUACUGGGUAGAGGGAAAGGGAUGGAGAACAGGAAAUCUUUAGACCAGUUUUGCCAAUAAAGGCCCUAUAGGACCUGUAGAAAGGGCCUAAUAGAAAAUUAUCUAUGGAGUUUGUGCACCUCUCAUUUUAGGGGGCUUGAGCAGUGAAGGUCUGGGUCUUACUCAUAUUGAUAUAAAUCAGAAGAAAAUUCCUUGAAAUUAAAUGAGUAUGAUAGAGUCAUAGAGGGUGAUGGAUAUAGACACACAUUGGUGAAGAUCAUUUACUUCAGUGCUUGUUUAGUGUGCAAUGACAGCCCUGGAGGCAGCUGGCUACUAGAAGGAUUUGGUCACCAACUGCAUAUAUAACAACAGGGGUGGGAUUUCAUAACCUAUCCCAAAGUGGAAAUUCCCCACUGUUAUGUACACAAAAGUCUUGUGGAUUGCAAUGUCUUUUUCUGUCCUUGGAGAAGUUGAGACUGGGUUUGGGUGGAGCAAAUAUGGAAAUUCCAUUUCUUCUUUCAACUAAGUGACUUUCAUCUCUACUGGGAGACCCAUGUCCUGGUUGCCUUUAACCAUCUGUACUGAUGAGGAGGUUCGCUGAGCUGGAGAGCACUGAUCUGAUGGGUAUGUACCGCAACUGCAGGAAGGAAAAGUGCACAGUGCAAACAGAAGCUGAGGAGAGUUUGUUAGAGGGGGAAUCUGGUAAUUACAAUGUUACUGAAUCAUUUCUGCUUAAUCUUCGCACAACUAGUUUACAUUAUUUGCACUGAAAUGGAGCCUGCUACCUCUCCACUCCGGUCAUUGACAGUAUUUUGUGUACAAUACUGAAUCUGCACAAAUUCAAUGUGCAUUUAAUGCAUCUAUCUACAUGUUACUGUGAAAAGACAAAUACCCCAGAACCCAAAUAAACCAGGCUUUGUAAGCAGAUCAGUAGUUCUAGUGCAAGGAAAAGUAGCUUGUUUUUACUGAAUAUGAUAGAUAGACUCCUUCAGAGAUGAUGACUUUAUGUGAAAUGUUCUACAAAUAUUUCAUGACCAGGUUACUGUACAUUUUUUACUGUAACAUGCAAUUCACUUGAUGUUCUUGUGCACUUUUUGAUUUUUUAUUUCAUUUUAUAUGAAAGCUUUUUCAUCCACCUCUCCCUUCCCCUUAUUUAUAUAAGGUAUUGUGGUUUUAACAGUUUAAAUUUUGCAUUGUUGUAGUAAAUAACAGCUUUUGAAUGUUAUGUUUCCAUCUUUCAAACAAAGUAUGAAUAAAUAAAUCGAUUCUGAAGGACUAUCAGCUGUCCUGAAUAGCAACAUUGAACAACGAAACACAAAAAUAGCCAGGAAAAGUCUGAAUCAGUCCAAGCUUGAACACUUAAUAAUUUUGAUGUUUAUCUCAAGGAUAAGAGAACAGUAAGUAUUGCUAGAGAGCAGACAGAGUUGCUAUACUUUGCAAACCUUUUGGAAAAUCUCACACAUCCCCAUUCAAUAAUCUUGAAUAUACUUAACAAUUGUCUUCUGUUCAUUUGUGUUUUACUCCAUUGCUGCUUCAGUUCAGAGCCCCAGCAAGGGCCACUGCCUGCCCUGGGCUGGGAAGUUCCAUGUCACAAAGGAUUUUAAAAGCAAUAUCAGUUUAAAUCUGAGGAUAAGUGCAUAAAUAUCUCUGUGUCAGAGGUCAUUUGGAACAGUCUGGUUCAAUGCUUCAUCAUAACUUAAAAACAUGCUAUUCUAUUACAUGGAAAAUGUACAGAAACACACAUUCAAAUAAGAGACAGUUUAAAAAAAAAAUAAAAAAAGAACUUAAUAUCUGAAAUGUAGAAAUUUGACUUUAACUCUCUUAUUUCUAUGAAUUUCUUCAGAAAUAAAAUUUCUACAGAGGCUAUCCAUUUUGCCAAGUAUUUUAAUUUUGAUAGAAAUCUAUAUUCUGGUGCAAUAUGCAGCACUUUCAAAUUUCCCUUCUGAAUUCGAGCAGGAACAUUUGCCUACAGCAGUCACUGCAAUACUCGUGGUUCUUUCCACCAAUUUCUCUGGUCACCCAGAUGGAAAUCCAGAUCAACACCAAGAAGGCUCCUCUACAUUGACAGCAUUGAGACAGAGUUCAGCAUCUGACUUCAUCUGGAUUACAACAGUGACAGAGGACUAAUGGUGUGAGAAAGCACCCAUAUUUCUAUGUAAAAGCAUUUCCUUGUCUUCAAUCCUGCAAAUUCAGAAAUAGUUCUCCCAUUAACUUAAACGAGGGUACUACCUCUGGUUUCUGUUAGAAAGCCUCACGGAGAGAGGCAGUUUCUUCGUGGAUUAUUUUUUCCCAAACAGAAUAAAAGGGAAAGACAUCUAAGUGUAUUCAUAUCUUCCUUUCUGGACCAAAAGCUCACCUGAUGUCUUGAACCCUUAGAUCAGCUCUUUGGCACUUUGCAUGCAGUUGCAGGUAUGUGCUGCCAUUUCCUGCUCUCUCUCCUAUGGGAGUAAUCUAUACAAGCUUGGUACAUAUAUUAAGUGCUGGUGGUAAGCAGAAAGCAAUGAAAGCCAUAUCUAUUUCUGCUUUUUGCCUGCUGCACUAACACGUUACAGACAUUUUUUUAUGUAAUUAAACACUAGUGGGUUAUACUGUAAGGUUUGCGAAAAGAAUUAGCUAUUUUUAGCCUAAGAACAGUUCAUAUCCUAACAGAAGUUGCAACCUGGUUAUAUAACACCAAGACCCAUCAGAAGAUCAAAAAUUAUACUCUACAAUUGCUGAAGAUGAUAAAUUUUUCAUUACUGCAAUGCACUUAAAGGAAGCAUUGACUGGUUUUCCCCU